AGGCCAACUAAGAUGAGGAAUGGUUUAAUAGGAACAGAUCUUAAUCAAGAUCAAAUGUGAAGGUCUGCACUUUUUAUAGCCUUAAUCAGUAACAAGGUAGAAAGGGUAUGGCUUGGGAGCCCGGUGAUAUACCAGGUCAUUAGUUUGCGUCAUGAGAAAUGUCAAAAUGUCAGUUGACCUGAAAAAUGUUCCUUUUAUAAAAUUCUCAACAUACCUUUUCAGGGCUUGAGACAGUUAUUUGUGGAAGAGGAGGAAGUUUUAUGUGGGUUGUGAAGCUAGUGGUGUUAUGGUUGGAUGGUUAUGGUUAUAGCUGUGAUGGAGGGUUUUGUCAAAGUUCCACCUGGACGAGCAGGUCCUCUGAUGUGUGACAAAGCCAUCUCCGCUGAACAGAUGGUCACUCCUGUGCCUUUAAAGCCAAAAGAAGUUAAGAAGACUCCGAAAAGCAAAAGCAAACCACUUUAUUUUUGGAACUCAGCUGAUGUGAACAAGUGGCUUAAAAAACAUGGAGGCCAGUGUUUUGACCUGUAUGGGGAGUUGUUUCUAGAACAUGAUGUCACAGGACGGACACUUAUCCGCUUAAAUGAAAUAAAACUGGAAAAGAUGGGGGUAACAAACCCAGUUCACAAUGCUGAACUCAUGAAACAGAUUCUUCAGCAGAGGUUACGCCAUGAAGCAGUUGAAACAAGAACACUAGAUCAGAAACGAAGUGGCUUUGAGCUAAAGUUACCAGAUACCAAAACUGCUAAAGGAUAAGUAGUUUAGGCUUCACUGCAUGUCACCCUAGGAGACAUUCAGAUUCUUUUACAUAUCACAAUUAACACAGCCACGCCCUGGAAAUUUUCUCAUUUCUUGCACGAUCACAUGUUGCAAGCUAGGAUUUUGGCUUCAACUACAGACAUUGUUGGCUUUCAUCUAGAUUGUUACAUGGUUGAGUUAUUUGUAGAAUCACAAUUAAAGUUUAAUGAGAAUUUGUUGCCCUUUAUAAGAUGGGGAACAUAUAGCAAGAAAUUCCUGGUGUUACAGUUUUGUACGGCAACUGCUCUUUGAGAAAUGACAGGGAGACUAAAUCAAAGCCUGCACUCCUUAAAAUAUUUGUUGCAACUUCUAAGACAGUGCUCUUGUUUGAUGCAGAAUAUUUUUGAAUAAUAUUUCCCAAUUUUCACUUCCCAGGCAUGCUGUAUGUCUUGGUUUAAGUGUGUCCAUAUUGUUUGGAUUUUAUUUUUACAUCGUAUGUGUAUGUGUUGACUGACAAAUCAUUUUUCUAUAAAAAUUGUUGGUGAUAAGUACAUGUUUUUUUAUGGUGUUAAAAAGUACUGGUUUACUGCCUACUGUUGUUAUGAUGGAUGUGACUGCCUGCUAUUAUAGCACAAAUUCUGUUUUUCGUAUUUUUAUGUGCACAAUGAUGGACUUUAAUCUUCUGGUAGUAAAAGAGAAUAUGAAUACACAUUAUGUGUUUACAAUGAAAAAUUUCUCUUCAUUACCUUGUUUGUAAUUUUCAAAGCUCAUCACAGUUUAUUCUAUGCUGACAGGUGUAUUUUUUAUGUAGAAUACUGAAAUAAGUUUUGCUUAAGCCAGUUUUGUGAUACAAGUUUUUAUUUUUAUAACAUUUGAAAUGC